UAAAGUUUGUUGCCGCGCGAUUCUCCUUCCUUUUCAAAGAUGGCGGAAUACGAUCUGACCACCAGGAUCGCGCAUUUUUUAGAUCGACAUUUAGUUUUCCCUCUUUUGGAAUUUCUGUCCGUCAAAGAGAUAUACAAUGAGAAGGAGCUUUUGCAAGGAAAACUGGAUCUUCUCAGUGACACAAACAUGGUUGACUUUGCUAUGGAUGUGUACAAAAAUUUGUACCCAGACAAGGAAAUUCCCCAAUCUUUGAGGGAUAAGAGAACUACAGUUGUUGCACAAUUAAAGCAAUUACAGUCAGAAACCGAACCCAUUGUGAAGAUGUUUGAAGAUCCAGAAACCACAAGACAAAUGCAGUCAACUAGGGAUGGAAGAAUGCUGUUUGACUAUUUGUCUGAAAAGCAUGGUUUCCGUCAAGAAUAUCUGGAUACGCUGUACAGAUACGCUAAGUUUCAAUAUGAGUGUGGCAAUUAUUCCGGAGCUGCAGAAUACCUUUACUUUUUCAGAGUUUUGGUUCCCUCUACAGACAGAAAUGCAUUGAGUUCUUUGUGGGGUAAACUGGCAUCUGAAAUCCUAAUGCAGAACUGGGAAGCUGCGAUGGAAGACCUUACCAGACUGAAGGAGACUAUUGAUAACAACUCUGUCAGCUCUCCACUCCAGUCUCUCCAGCAAAGAACUUGGCUGAUCCACUGGUCGCUUUUUGUUUUCUUCAACCAUCCUAAAGGCAGAGACAACAUUAUUGAACUAUUUCUUUAUCAGCCACAGUAUCUGAAUGCAAUUCAAACCAUGUGCCCGCACAUCCUAAGGUAUUUAACUACCGCUGUCAUCACAAACAAAGAUGUGAGAAAGCGCAGACAAGUGCUGAAGGAUUUGGUUAAAGUUAUUCAGCAGGAGUCUUAUACCUACAAGGAUCCAAUUACAGAGUUUGUGGAAUGCCUCUAUGUAAACUUUGACUUUGACAGCGCCCAGAAAAAACUACGAGAGUGUGAGUCGGUUCUUGUAAAUGAUUUUUUUCUGGUUGCUUGCUUGGAAGACUUUAUUGAAAAUGCUCGCCUUUUCAUUUUUGAGACAUUUUGCCGUAUUCAUCAAUGUAUCAGCAUCAGGAUGCUUGCAGACAAGCUGAAUAUGACUCCAGAAGAAGCUGAGAGAUGGAUUGUCAAUCUGAUCCGCAAUGCACGGCUUGAUGCGAAAAUCGACUCCAAACUGGGUCAUGUCGUUAUGGGCAAUAAUGCAGUGUCACCGUAUCAGCAGGUGAUUGAAAAGACAAAGAGCCUUUCAUUCCGCAGCCAGAUGCUGGCAAUGAACAUCGAGAAGAAACUGAGCCAUAACAACAGGAACGAGGCACCCAACUGGGCCACUCAGGACUCUGGCUUUUACUAGAAGACCCGAAGAGAACGUAAAUCACGGGCACACACACACGUUUGUCUGUUUGCAGUUCGCUCUGCUCGGACUCAUUUUAAACAUCUUCACUUUGAUGCUUUAAUAUUGACAUUAAAAACGAGAGGAGACACGA